GCAGAAUAAUCGUCGAGCCGCCAAUUAAACCUCCAAUAGCAGUGUUGGAUAUAUUUUGACUGGUGCUUUCGGAAACUUCGUUUGUUUUUUCAGAUUCCGAUCGCUAAUUUAAGUUGACAGUUGUUCGCAAUCUAGUAGAGAAUUUAGGCGUGUUCAAGAGUUACGUUCGAAUAUGUUGAAAAAAUCGAUUAGCGAUGAUACGGAUAAACAUAGAAGAUUGCUGUCUGCGCAGUCGUUGAAAACGUCCACCUUAAAAGAGUCAAAGUCAAAGUAUCUUGUAUGAGGAAUGUUAUAUGUCCGGGGAGAUAGUAUCGGUUUUUACCGAUGAGGUCAUAUGGGCGAUUCGUUGACGAAUAUUACGAAAUCGAAAAAUUACUUCGUUCAACAUUCUAACGUGUAUCCUUGCAUUCGCUGUUGGUUGUCGAAAUUACGAAUUUGUUUCACUCAUUUCUCUACUAUUAGUUGUCGCAGACUGCUGUUACUUCAAAAUGUCAAAGUGUGAUAGUACCGCGUGCAUUUUCAAUGUACCGUGAAAAAACAGACACUUGGGUUAAACAACUUGUUACGAACCAACCGAUGUAGUACCGAGUUCAAAUUAUAAUAAGUGGAAAACGUUUACUUCGUUGUCCAUUUACGACCGCCACGCGAAGGAAUAGCAGAAAAUUGCUAAUUCGUCCAAAGAAAUAACCAUGUGCUUUCUUGGUACUACAACGCCGAACAGUUUGGAAUAUCGUUAUUUUCCCACCACCAGAUCUCGUAUAAAUUUACGUAUAAAAGCUGGUCAUGAUGCGAGAAUAUGUUUACGUACUCACCUUGGUUCAGACUCUAAUAUAUAUGAGAUUGUUAUUGGAGGAUGGGGAAAUACAAUGUCAGCGAUAAAGAAAAAUGGCAAAGAACCUUGUGUUGCAGAGGCUGAAACUAAAGAUAUAUUAAAUACUGAACAAUUGUGUGAUCUAUGGAUACAAUGGUUGUGCGAUGGACUACUGAAUGUGGGACGUCAGAAUGGGGAAAUUUUAAUGUCAUAUAAAGAUCCAAAUCCAUUUGUUAUAAAUUAUAUAGGAGUCAGUACAGCAUGGGGUGCAACUGGUGAAUUUUUCAUAGAAGAAUCCCAGUGUACCAGUACAGUUGUCAGACAACAGUUGGUUGAUACAUCUAGUUAUUGGAUAGAUUAUAACGAAUUGCUCGGUCUUCCACGAAAUGUUACGCUUGCUUCAGAAGAUGGUCUGUAUGUAGGUCGUACCCAUCAUAGAGAUUCGCUUACACCUGGUAGUGUAAGGAAUAGCAUGUGUACAAUUGCAUGGGGUGGAACUUCUUAUAAUAAAAAAGAAUUUCAAGUACUCUGUGCUGAAAAUGUAAGCUGGGUACAGUCAUGGGAUGGCAAUAUUCCAAUGAAUGCACUUCCUGCUGGUGAAUCGGAAGAUGGCUAUGCCCUCUUUAUAGGGAGAGUUCUGCACGAAGGUACAUAUUACAUCGGAAAAAUUCAACCGAACCACCAAGUAUGUUAUGUACCUGUAGAUGGCAAGGAAGAAUCUUAUAUAAACUAUGAAGCCUUAGUCAUUCACGAUAUUGAAGAACAUGUUGGGAGGUAAAAUGUUGCCUCUAGUAAAGAAUAUAUCUUUUUCAACAUUUCUAAUGUAAAAUGUAAAAUAUUUUUGUUGCUGUAUACAAUUAUAUAAAUAUUUUGAAACUAAUGUAAUUAAAAGAAUCUGUGAAGUUAAAGAAUAAUAAAAGGAUCUACAUUGUAUCAA